AUGGAACUGCUCGAGCUCGUCGAAUACGAGCCCACCACUCGGCCGUUUCAGUGUGAUUGGGAGUCGUGCAACAAGAGCUUUAACCGCAAGUCUGACUUACAACGACACUAUCGAAUACAUACAAAUGAACGGCCCUACACCUGCACCACUCCUGGCUGUGGCAAGAGCUUUAUCCAAAGAAGUGCAUUAACCGUUCAUAUCCGGACCCACACCGGUGAGAAGCCUCACCAGUGCCAACACAUUGGAUGUGGGAAGCGCUUUUCCGACUCGUCUUCCCUUGCUCGGCACAGACGGAUUCAUACCGGCAAACGCCCGUACAAGUGUGCACACGAUGGAUGCCUUAAAAGUUUCUGUCGAAAGACCACAAUGGUCAAGCACCAGCGAAGAUCUCACCAGCGAGGGCUUCACCCUAAUGAUAUGUUGGACGACUGCAGUUCGGAAUCAGACAUUGGCGAAUCUCCACCGACGCCGAAUCAAACAACCAUGUCUUGGCCAGAGCAAGGAAGCAUGGCUAACCAGGCCAUGCCUCACGGGCACCCGAUGCACCGAGCUGCUUCCUUUGCCGAUUUUGGGCAGCAGAUGAAUCCCUACAGCCUGGACCACCAGAUGCCUCAGCGACACAGCGUCUCUGCCGAGGCUCACGAGUACCACGGCCAGGGCCAUGCUUUGCAAAUGGUCCAACGCACCGCCAGCAUGCCUCAACAGGCCUUCUACGUCAUGGAUCACAACGCCGGAAUUGCCACGAUGAGCUCCAACGUGGCCCCCGGCUAUCACAUCCCACGACAACAUGUUGAACGCCCGACCCUCGACAUCCCCUACAGCACGGGAGGCAUGCCUUCGCUCAGCAGCAGCCCGGCAAGCUUUUCUCCCGCCUCGGGACACAGUCCUGCCCUCCAAGACGGCCUCUAUACACACCAAACCCCCGCGUCUGGUACCUAUGGCCUGCAAGACGCUCCGGCGGUUGAACAGCAUGGCAGCUUGGUUCCCUACACUCAACACAUGCAGCAACCACACGGUUCUCAACCGGAACACGAGUGGGGAUAUCACUACCAGCCUUCCGUCGAGGUUACAACGAUUGGGCAGAUUCCUGCCUUUGGCUCUGGGGUAUACGACCUGUACUCUGGGCCUAAAAUCGAGUACGACGACCCAUCCAUGCAACUUCCCAGCUCUCGAGUCGAGACAAUGUGA